AUGGUUUUCAAAAAACAAAUAAAAAAAGAAGAAGAAGUCAAAGAAGAACAAGAACCAAAAAUAGAUGAAGACAACCCUGUAGAUGAUAUUCCACAAGAUGAUGAAGAAGAAUAUAAAAAAGAAAAUAUAGAAGAAGAACAUGAAGAGUCAGAAAUAGAUGAUGACGAUGACGAAAUAAUUGGAUCAAGAAGAAGUAGAAAGAGAAAAGUUAACGAAGAAGAUGAUAUAGAAGAUGAAGAAGAGGAAGAUAAUGAUAAGGAAGACGAUCAAGAAGAACAAGAGAAUGAAGGAAGAACUGAAAGAAGAGGAAGAAGAAAAAAGCCCAAGGUCAAAUUAUACGAUGAUGAUGUUUUUGAUGAAGAAGGUAAUCCCAAUCAUAUAGAAAAUGAAGAAGUUGUAAUACUGAAUGAAGAUCCAAAAGGUAAAGAAAAAAUUGAUAAUUUAGGUUAUCUUAAAGGUGGUAGAGAAUUUAGAAUGAAAACUUUUAAAUUAUUAAACCAUGGUGAUCAAUUGUUUAUGAUUUCAACUGAACCUGCAAGAUUAGUCGGAUUUAGAGAUUCUUAUUUAUUAUUUAAAACUCAUCGCACAUUGUAUAAAAAAGUUUGUGAUAAUGAUGAAAAAGCAGAUUUAAUACGUAGAGGUUUAAUUCCGAAUAGUUAUAAAGGUAGAGCUGUUAAUUUAGUUACUGCAAGAUCAAUUUUUAGAGAAUUUGGUGCUAGAAUGAUUAAGGAAGGAAAGAAAGUAAUUGAUGAUUUUUGGGAACAAAGGGCAAUUGAUAAUGGUGAUAUACCUGGUGAAUAUGCUGAUCCGAAUGAAAUAUAUCAAAAAAAAUUAGCAAAUGUUUUAGGUGAAGGUAUAAGUUCAGCUGGAAAUGCAACUCCAUUAACUGCUACUCCAAUUGUAAAUUAUCAAACUGAUCAUAGUUGGAUGUAUCAAAUUGCGCAACAAACAUCAGAAUAUAAUCAUAAAUUAAUGGAAGUUAGAUCAAAUAUUGGAGUAAAAGGUAAAAAAGAUGUUUAUACAAAUUUGAAUUUCUAUCCAAGUCUAACUCAGCCACUGAGAUCAACAAUUGAAAAAUUUGAUGAUAAAACUAAUCAAUUGAUUUAUGAAAUAAAAUAUGAAUGUAAAGAUGUAAGGCGGCCAGUAACUGGUUUAUCAAAAAUAUCACAAGAGUUAAUAGACGAAAUUGAUGAUCCAGAAAUUCAAAAAGCUAUAAUAGAACAACAAAAUUAUGAAAAAUCCAUGUAUUAA